CCGGGCGAUGACCAUGUUGCUGGACGGCGGGCCUCAGUUCCCGGCGCUGGGCGUCGGGGGCUUCGGAGCGCCGCGCCAUCACCCCCACGACGUGGCGAACCGCGACGCCGCCGCCGCUGCGGCCGCCGCCAUGGGACUCAACCAUCCCUUCGGGGACUCGUCCUUCAAACUUAGCCCGGCGGCCCACGAGCUGGCGUCGGGGCAAGGCUCGGCGUUCACGCCGCAGGCUUCGGGCUACCCGCACCACCACCCGCACCACCACCCGCCGCACCCCUACAACCCCAUGAACGUCAACAUGGGCGGGAUGAACGUGGCGGCGGCGGCUCACCACCAUCACCACCACCACCACCACGCCCCCGCCGCCGCCGCCGCCGGGGCUUUCUUCCGCUACAUGCGCCAGCCCAUCAAGCAAGAGCUCUCCUGCAAGUGGAUCGACGAGCCGGCCGCCCAGCAGCCGCCGCCGCACCAGCCGCCGCCGCUCAGCCGGCCCAAAAAGAGCUGCGACCGGACUUUCAGCACCAUGCACGAGCUGGUGACCCACGUCACGAUGGAGCACGUCGGCGGGCCCGAGCAGAACAACCACAUCUGCUACUGGGAGGAGUGCCCGCGGGAGGGCAAGUCCUUCAAGGCGAAAUACAAACUGGUCAACCACAUCCGAGUCCACACCGGCGAGAAGCCCUUCCCCUGCCCCUUCCCCGGCUGCGGGAAAAUCUUCGCGCGCUCGGAGAACCUGAAAAUCCACAAGCGGACGCACACAGGCGAAAAGCCUUUUAAAUGUGAAUUCGAGGGCUGUGACCGGCGUUUCGCAAACAGCAGCGACAGAAAGAAACAUAUGCACGUCCAUACAUCAGACAAGCCAUAUAUUUGCAAAGUCUGUGAUAAGUCCUACACCCACCCCAGCUCUUUGCGGAAACACAUGAAGGUCCACGAAACGCAGGGCUCGGACUCCUCUCCCGCGGCGAGUUCGGGCUACGAGUCCUCCACGCCCCCGGCCGCCGCGGCCGCCACGAGCAAAGACUCCAGCAAAACGCCCCCCUCGGCCGUGCAGACUGCCACCCCCAGCCACAACCCCGGCCUGCCCCCCAACUUCAACGAGUGGUACGUUUGA